GCACCGGGGGGCGGUUGUGUAACGUGUCCCCUGCCUUGCUUAUUGUGUUGUUAGCUCUUCGGCCUGUCUCCCGGGCUGCGCACUGUCUUGUGCACGGACAUGGAUUCCUCCUCUACUUCUAGCAGAGGUUAAUGGCCCAGUAACCCUUGAGCUAGUAAACCAUGGGGCUGCACUUUGGAGAUCUCGCCAAGGUCCGCCAUGUCAUCACCUUCACAUUGUCUCCAUUUGAACAGAGAGCUUUUGCCAACGCCUUGUCCAAAGGGAUCCCCAACAUUUGGAGAAGGUUCUCAUCCAACUUCCUCACUAUAGUACCACCUUUUGCUUUGGCAUAUUUGACCUACAACUGGGGAACCCAUGAACAUCAGAGACUGAAGAGGAAGGACCCCUCCGUGUUUGAAAAUGACCAGUAAAGCAAUCUUCCUCCGGCCAUUACAUCCACUAGAACUCUCUAAGGCUCUUCAGAGCUGCAUCCUAUGAAAAGGAUUAUUUAUUGCAGCGUGAAGUCUGACUUUCCAUAUAAUAAAAUUAUUUACUCUU